AUAGAGACUGCAGCUCGGCAGACGCUUGUCAGAUUAGCAAAUCUGCUACUUAGCCAGUAACCACUCAGUUUUUAUCAUCGAUUAAAAUAAUAAAAGCUCCGUCCAACAGCUUUUUAACCAUGGCAUCCAUUUUAGAUGCUCUUUGGGAGGACAGAGACGUUCGUUUUGACAUAACCACACUGCAGAUGAAAACUCGGCCUGGCGAAGUGCUCAUAGACUGCCUCGACUCUAUCGAAGACACAAAAGGAAAUAACGGAGAUAGAGGCCGACUCUUGGUGACAAACCUGAGAAUUAUUUGGCAUUCUUUGGCUUUUCCAAGAGUGAAUUUGUCUGUGGGAUACAACUCCAUCAUUAACAUCACAACAAGAACAGCAAACUCCAAACUUCGAGGCCAAACCGAAGCCCUUUACAUCCUGACCAAGUCCAACAACACAAGAUUUGAGUUCAUCUUCACCAAUGUGGUCCCAGGAAGCCCCCGCCUCUUUACAUCUGUUAUUGCUGUGCACAGAGCCUACGAAACAUCUAAAAUGUAUCGAGACCUGAAACUGCGAGCAGCGCUUAUUCAAAACAAGAACCUGCGACUUUUACCUCGGGAGCAAGUCUACGACAAAAUCAAUGGCGUCUGGAAUUUAUCCAGUGAUCAGGGAAACCUAGGAACCUUAUUUGUCACCAAUGUGCGGAUUGUAUGGCAUGCCAACAUGAAUGAAAGCUUCAACGUCAGCAUUCCUUACCUCCAGAUUUGGUCCAUCCGAAUUAGAGAUUCCAAAUUUGGCUUGGCUUUGGUGAUUGAAAGCUCCCGCCAGAGUGGCGGUUAUGUGCUGGGGUUCAAGAUUGACCCUGUGGAGAAGCUUCAAGAUGCUCUGAAAGAAAUCAACUCGCUACAUAAAGUAUACUCCGUCAACCCCAUCUUUGGAGUGGACUACGAAAUGGAAGAAAAGCCACUGCCACUGGAAGAAGUGACGCAGGAGCAACCUCUCGAUGACGUGGAAAUCGAGCCGGAUGAGCAGACGGAUGCUUUCGCUGCGUACUUCGCUGACAGCAACAAGCAACAAGACCGCGAGCCCGUUUUUUCCGAGGACCUCGGUCUCGCCAUUGAGAAGCUGAGGGAUGGAUUUACGCUUCAAGGAUUGUGGGAAGUCAUGAGCUAAAAUAUACAUUAUUUAUCCGUGUAGAUAUUGUGAUUACAGAAAGUACAUUUGUAUAGUUUUUAUAGUAUAUAAAUAUUUACUGUCCACAUGA